GUUACAUCUGUUAUUGAAGUCUCUUGGACAUCCAUCCCAUAAGAGCCCGUGGGCGUUGGGGUGGAUUACUGUACUGUGCCUUCGCGUCUUCAAACGGCGACCGUCCACGUCACGACUUGCAACCUCCUCAAAGCCGCCCUACAGUAUACAACCGCCAACCCACACACCCACCCCAAUUAAAACCACCCCAACCCACACAAUGCCCUUCCCAAUAGAAGAAUGGUACUACGAAGUUCCCAUCGUCACCCGCUCCUACGUCACCGCCGUCUUCCUCACCACCCUCGCCUGCCAAUUGGAACUGGUGUCACCCUUCCACCUGUACUUCGACUGGAGUCUGAUAUGGAAGGGCGGGCAGUGGUGGAGGCUUGUGACGAGUUUCUUGUAUUUCGGGAGUUUUUCGUUGGAUUUUUUGUUUCAUUUGUUUUUUCUGGUGCGGUAUAGCCGGAUGUUGGAGGAGGGGUCGUUUCGAGGACGGACGGCGGAUUUUGUGUGGUUUUUGGGGUUUGGGAUGUCGGCUUCGAUCCUGCUAACGCCGCUGAUCCCAUCCUCGCUCGCGAUCCCGUUCCUGUCCGCGCCGCUGACGUUCAUGCUGGUGUACGUGUGGUCGCGGCGCAACUCGUCCGUGCGGAUGAACUUUCUGGGCGUGUUCAACUUCAACGCGCCGUACCUGCCGUGGGUGCUGAUGGGGUUCACGGUGCUGCUGAAUAGUCAUUGGCCCGUGGGGGAUCUGGUUGGGUUGUUGGUCGGGCAUGUGUAUUACUUUUUGGAGGAUGUGUAUCCCGGGAUACCGCAUACCGCGGAGUGGAGGCCGUUGAGGGCGCCC